AUGUCAAAGAUUUUCACUGCCAAUUGUGAGGAUGAAACCCUAAUUUCGUUGUAUCGUGAAGAUGAGGAAUUUGAUUGUGGAGAUGAUGAUCUCGAUUGUGGAAAUAAUGAAGAUCAGUCGUUGGAAAAAAAAAUGGAAGUGUUUUUCUCUGUGAUGGUGGAGGACAUGAACAGGAGUUGGAUGUUAAUUUCUGAUAGAUUCAUUCAGCCAUAUGUAGAUGGGGUGAACUCAUUUAUUGAAUUUGCAAAGGUUCAUUUGGGUGAGGCUAGGGAGAUUAAGUGCACAUGCAUCAAUUGUUGUAACUCUUAUAAGCAUGAGUAUGAUAGUGUGAAGGCUCAUUUGCUCAUAAGUGGGAUGAUAGUAUCAUACACCACUUGGUUAGAACACGGUGAACUUCCAGAACACAAUAACCUUGAUGAAAGCAAUGGUGAGAAUGAUGAGGAUGAAGAUGAAUAUGAUGAACUGAUAGAGGACUAUCAGAGGGGGAAUUUCAAUUGUUGUAACUUUUAUAAGCAUGAGUAUGAUAGUGUGAAGGAACACAAUAACCUUGAUGAAAGCAAUGGUGAGAAUGAUGAAGAUGAAGAUGAAUAUGAUGAACUGAUAGAGGACUAUCAGAGGGGGAAUUUUAUGGAGGGUGAUACUCUAGAAAGAGAGGAUGUACGACAUUUUGAUAAAUUGUUAGAUGCUUCCCAAUGUUACUUGUACCCAGGUUGCAAAAACUCGGAUACUUUGUUAUCAUUCAUUAUUCAGAUGCUACAUGUGAAGGAGAAUGCUCACUUGGAAAAAUGUCCCACAUGUCAAGCAUCUAGGUACAGAGUAAAUGAUAGCAAGGGUAAGAAGAUCCCUCACAAGAUAUUGUGUUACUUCCCAUUGACACCUAGGUUGAGAAGAUUGUACAUGUCUAGGAAGACGGCAAAAGACAUGAGAUGGCAUAGUGAUAAGCGUAUGGAUGAUGGUGUAGGGAGGCAUCCGGCUGAUUGUAAAGAGUGGAAGGAAUUUGAUUUGCAUUAUCCAGAGUUUGCCCAGGAGACUCACAAUGUUAGGUUGGGCCUAGCCACCGAUGGGUUCAACCCUUUUGGGAACAUGAGCACUUCCUAUAGCAUGUGGCCUAUCAUACUUAUGCCCUAUAACCUCCCACUUUGGAGAUGUAUGAAGGCCCCAUUUUUCAUGAUGUCCUUACUUAUUGCUGGACGUAAUCAACUAGGGACUGAUAUUGAUGUCUACCUAAGGCCAUUGAUUGAUGAGUUGAAGGAGUUAUGGGAGAAUGGCGUGAUGACUUACGAUGCCUCCACUGAACAGACCUUCCGGAUGCAUGCAGCUGUAAUGUGGACCAUAAAUAACUUCCCUGCAUAUGGUGACUUAUCCGGAUGGAGAACUAAAGGUUAUUUGUCUUGCCCUCCUUGUAAUGAUAAUCCAUUGUCACGCGGGUUGAUUAGCAAGAUUGGGUGGGUGGGUCAUCGAGCUUACUUGCCUGAUAACCACCUUUGGAGGAAAGACAAGAAGUUUGAUGGUUUAACUGAGCUUAGAAAGGAAAUCCUCGGAUUUACCGGUCGAAAAAGUAAUGGCUCAAUUGGAUCAAUUGUAGGAAGUCAAGUUUGGAAAGGAUCCUACCAACAAGAAAAGACCACGAAAGUCUGA